AUGGAUGAACAUUUAAUUUCAACAAUUAAUAAGCUGCAAGAUGCUUUAGCACCUUUAGGAGGUGGCUCUCAAUCUCCUAUUGAUUUACCGCAAAUCACUGUGGUCGGCUCUCAGUCAUCAGGUAAGUCAUCGGUUCUUGAAAACAUUGUGGGAAGAGAUUUCCUUCCCAGAGGAACAGGUAUUGUUACUAGAAGACCGUUAGUGCUACAAUUGAUCAAUAGGAGAGUCAAGAAAAACGACCACAGCGCUGAUUCCACGACGAAGCAAUUGAUUGAUCUCAACAUUGAAGACAGCAAUAAAGAUAAGCCAGAGAACAACCAGGGUCAGUCUGAAGAUAAUUCCCAGGAAUGGGGUGAAUUUUUGCAUCUACCAGGAAAAAAGUUUUUUAACUUCGAUGAGAUAAGACAAGAAAUCGUUAGAGAAACUGACAAGGUCACUGGGGCGAAUGCUGGUAUAUCCUCAGUCCCAAUAAACUUGAGAAUAUACUCUCCAUAUGUAUUGACUUUAACUUUGGUGGAUUUACCAGGCCUGACGAAGGUUCCGGUAGGUGAUCAGCCCCCAGACAUCGAAAGGCAGAUUAAGGACAUGCUUUUGAAGUACAUUUCCAAACCAAAUGCAAUCAUAUUAUCUGUAAAUGCUGCGAAUACAGAUUUAGCGAAUAGCGAUGGCCUAAAGUUGGCUAGGGAAGUUGAUCCGGAAGGAACUAGAACCAUAGGUGUCUUGACUAAGGUCGACUUAAUGGACCAAGGGACUGAUGUUAUUGAUAUUCUGGCCGGUAGAGUCAUUCCUUUAAGAUAUGGCUAUAUUCCGGUUAUAAAUAGAGGUCAAAAGGAUAUCGAACGCAAAAAGACAAUUAGACAAGCGCUAGAAGAUGAGAGAAAAUAUUUUGAGAAUCAUCCUUCUUAUAGCUCCAAAGCUCACUAUUGCGGCACACCUUACCUUGCCAAGAAACUUAAUUCCAUUCUAUUACAUCAUAUAAGACAAACCUUGCCUGACAUUAAGGCUAAAAUUGAGGCAACGCUGAAGAAAUACCAAAGUGAACUAUACAACCUUGGUCCCGAAACUAUGGACUCCGCUAGUUCUGUUGUUCUAAGUAUGAUCACAGACUUCUCCAAUGAGUACGCUGGGAUUUUAGAUGGUGAAGCUAGGGAACUCUCCAGUCAAGAACUAUCAGGUGGUGCUAGGAUUUCUUUUGUCUUCCAUGAAGUCUUCAAGAAUGGUGUUGAUGCAUUGGAUCCGUUCGACCAGAUUAAGGACUCUGACAUCAGAACUAUAAUGUACAACAGCUCUGGUUCAGCACCAUCUCUUUUUGUCGGAACCGACGCUUUUGAGGUGUUAGUGAAGCAGCAAAUAAAGCGUUUCGAGGAACCAUCUCUAAGAUUAGUAAAUUUAGUUUUCGAUGAACUAGUUCGUAUGCUGAAACAAAUAAUUUCCCAGCCAAAGUAUGCAAGGUACCCAGCUUUGAGAGAGGCAAUUUCUAAUCAGUUUGUCGAAUAUCUAAAGGAGGCAAUCAUACCAACGAAUGAUUUCGUUGUAGACAUUGUAAACGCAGAGCAGACAUAUAUCAAUACGGCGCACCCAGACUUAUUGAAGGGCUCUCAAGCGAUGACAAUGGUAGAAGAGAAGCUACAUCCUCGUCAGCCAGCUGUCGAUCCUAAAACCGGAAAAGCAUUAGCUAAUCAGCCUCCUGUUAAGCCAUUACAAGCCGAAGAGAAAUCUGGGUUUUUCGGAGGGUUCUUCUCUACAAAAAACAAGAAGAAGCUUGCAGCUUUGGAAUCUCCUCCACCUGUGUUAAAAGCAAGUGGUCAAAUGACAGAGAGAGAAACCAUGGAAACCGAGGUGAUCAAACUAUUAAUUAGUAGCUACUUUUGCAUUGUUAAACGUACAAUUGCCGAUAUAAUCCCCAAGGCGUUGAUGCUUAAACUUAUAGUGAAAAGUAGAACUGAUAUUCAGAAAGUUCUAUUGGAGAAAUUGUAUGGCAAUCAAGACAUCGAAGACUUGACGAAAGAAAACGAUAUCACAAUUCAAAGAAGAAAGGAAUGCAAGAAAAUGGUUGAAAUUCUCAGACAUGCAAGUGAUAUAGUGUCGUCUGUGUAG